AAAUGCAAAUUUCCCAAAUCUCCAAACGUCUUAUUAUCCGCUGGAGACUUGCCCCACAGAUGAUACAGUGGGACUCUCCAGAUGGACGUUCUAUUCAACAGCAUCAACGUCCGAGAUCUUCUCUCGUCGCUGGAAUCUCCCUCCUCCCCACUAUCGGCGCCGGAUCUCCGCCUCCUCAUCUCUCGCCUCGACGCCCACUCCCUCCGAAUCAAAUCCACUGUUCAAUCUUACCUCCUGUCCCACCACGACGAUUUCUCCUCCCUCUUUUCCCAGUGCUCCGACGUCGUUUCCAAGUCCGAACGCCUCUCCGAUGACGUUGUUGCGCUACUCAAUCUUAUAUCCGAUCAGCCGAUCGAGUCGGAUGUCGGGAGGAUUUUUCGAGAAAUUGUGGAGAAGAGACGGGAGUCUAGGGAGAAGCGGGAGAUUUUGGAGUUUGUUGAGGUGGUUUUGGAGUUAGAUAGAAAGUUGGGGGGUGUUAGCAAUAAUGUGAAAAAUGGGAAAGUGGUUGAGGCUGCGGAGGGGUUAAAGGAGUUGAAGAUAGCGCUUGGAGUGAAAGGCAAUGGUGAUGCUGAAGCGGCGGAAGGUGAGCCCAUGGUGUAUGGGAUUCUCAAAAAGCAUUGGACUGAUUGCUUUGAGGAGAUUCAAGAGCUGCUUUGGAGGUUUAUGGAGAAUGCAGUGUGGUUUGAGCCGGAAGGUAAUGAGGUUCAUAUAAAGUAUCAGACAAAUGUGAAUGGAAUUGAUGGGCUAGAGCUUCAAACUGUUUUGAAAGCAUUAGAUGUUGCUAACAUCCUUGAUUACGGACUUGCAAGAAUUGCAGAUUUGAUUACUAAAUAUGUUUUUAGUCCAGUGGUGAGUUGUAGGGCAAUUCCUUCAUUUACAGAAGAAACCAAUCAGGACUUGGGGCAUGCAUCAGAGGCAGUUCUUAAAAUAGUUCCAUCUGUUGAUCCUGAGGGCAACAAGGUGGAUGGUGAAGUUAUGUACUCUAACAUUGUUCAGAUUGUUGAAUUCAUCUACAAAUUCUUAUUUUUUCACAAUGCUUCUUGGACGCGCUGUUUUGGAAGAUUGACUUGGCCAAGGAUGUCAGAUAUGAUAAUCGCGAAUUUCCUUUCCAAGGUUGUACCGGAUGAUGCUUCCAAGCUGGCCGAGUUUCAAGCGAUCAGGAAACUCACCAUAGAUUUUGAGACAGCUUUGAAGCAACUUAUGUUCAUAUCUCAAUCUGAUAUAAAAGACGAGAAGCUGAGCAAAUUUGCUGACAAUGUUGAGGUGCACUUUGCAGCAAGAAAGAAAGUUCAGAUUUUAGCUAAGGCCAGAAAUAUGCUUCUACAAUCUAAUUUCAGCCUUCCUCAAGUGAGUAGACAACUGAAAUCUUUUUAUUGUUUCGUUCUGUUUGCGCCACUCAGCCAACAUAUAUUAUGGCAGAACAAUAUUACGAGAAUUUCUGCGGUAAAUAAGGAAGAACUUGCUGAAGAGGUUUCCAAUCGUGUUGUUUUGCUCUUCUCAUCCGAGAAAUGUGUGGUAUCUGAAGCAGCUAAGCAGUUAAUGGAGCUUGUACAUCAAACCCUUAAGGAUGUCUGCGUGUUACCUCCAAAAGUGGGGUUGGAAUUCUAUCACACUGCUAGAAAUGUUCUACUUCUUUAUGAAGCUAUCAUACCGGUGAAGCUUCAAAGGCAGCUGGAUUCCAUAAAUCAGGCUGCUGUUCUUAUUCACAAUGACUGUCUUUACCUAUCUCAGGAGGUUCUUGGGCUUGCAUUUGAGUAUCGCCCAUACUUCCCUAGUUCCGUGAAAGAAAUUGCUGUAUUUAUUGAUUUGGCUCCAAGAUUUCAGCUCAUGGCUGAAGAAGUUUUGCAGCAACAAAUUCAGCUUGUUCUUUAUAAUUUGAAACAGGCUAUUGAUGGAGCCAAUGGAUUUCAGAAUACCCACCAGAUUAAACAAUUUGAGUCUUCCAAGUUUUGUAUUGACCAGGUUGCUUUCAUAAUUGAGAAAGUACAUAUCAUCUGGGAGCCUCUGUUGCUUCCUUCAGUCUAUGAGAAGAGUAUGGCAAUGAUUCUAGAGGCUGUCUUUUCGAGAAUUACGAAAGAAAUACUUCUUUUAGAUGAUAUGGCUGCAGAAGAAACAUUGCAGCUUCAAAGAUUGAUCCAUCUACUGUUUGAGCAUCUGUCAUCUUUACUGGAGCCUCUAUUGGCUGUUAGAAUGACAAAGUCACAAGAGUCUCAAAAGGAAAGGGAUGAUUUUAUACUGUCCAUUUGGAAGUUGAGAAAAUUGGCAGAACUUUUGGACAUGCCUUUGAAAUCGAUUACUGCUUCCUGGGAGAGUGGUGAACUUGCUGAAUGCAAUUUUACGUCAUCAGAGGUGGAAGAUUUUAUUAGAGCCAUCUUUACAGAUUCACCUUUGAGAAAAGAAUGCUUAUUUAGAAUAGAAAACACGAACUUCAGAUGAAAGGAAAUAAAAACAAAAGGGAAAGGAUUGUGGUUUAGAAGAUUGGAGAGGUCUGUUGACCACAUUGUGCAUAGGAACUGCGACAUAGCAGAGGCUUAUUCAGCAUUUCGUUUGGUGGGUACAAACUUAUACUGUUACUCCCUCGUUUUUUUCCUUUUUGACUUUAAUACAAAGUAGGUGGUUUAGUAAAUGAUUGAUAGAUUAUAUUUUUGAGCAUGUUAGUUGCAGAUAGUAUAGAUUAUGCCUUCUUUUGUAGAGUGUCUCCUUAAGGAACAAUAGAUUGAAGUAUAUACAGCAUUGGAAAAAUGUUCUGGUAAAAGAGGCCUGAAUCUGUUGCCAGACUCUAUUUACUUGCUUAGUGAGCUGACUCAUCCAUC